AUGUAUCAGAUGUUGGACAGAGACUUUGCGGGGCUGAUCUUCUCCUGUUUUGGCGAGGACAAAAGCACAAGGACGGACCAGAUUGUCUUCACCUGCUUCCAGUCCCUUCAAGCCCCAAAGAGCUCCUGCAAAUAUGAAAGGGUUGAAAUUCCUGUUCACCUGAUUCCUCACACCGGCAUGGGGAAAGCGUGCCUUGAGUCCAUGAUGGCGUUCCCCAGGGUAUUGCGUCAAGAGGAGCAAGAUGCCUUCAGGAAAAUCCAUAGCCUUUCUCAUCUGGAGCCUAUCACCAAGAUCCACAAUGGAUCGGUGUUCACUAAGAAGCUGUGCAGCCAGAUGUUGAUCAUCGGUGGUCCUCUGAUGCAGUGGCUGGAGGGUCUCUUGUAG